UCCUCAGUUUCCCUCUGGUGUGCGUGCCGAGGCGACUUUGCAGAUCCCGAGGCCUGGUGGGUACUGGGCGGGGAGAGACCGGGGCGGUAACACGAGCCUCCCGGGCGGGGUCUCCUGGCUCCCGCGGCCACGUCUGCGGCCCGGGCGGAGGCGCGGGGUCCGGAGCAGAGAGCGGUCGCAAAGCACCCGACGAGCCAGGCUCAGGCUCUGGAGUUUUUUGAUAUCCAGUUUUUUUGUGUGUGGCCCUUUGAUGACCUUUGAAAAGAACAGCAAGGAAGAUUAGUCAGUGUCCUUCACAGAUGAAGUCUGAGAGCUGCAAGGACACAGUAGCAGCCACAGGACUGGGCUGGAGGUCUUCUGAGCUAGGGACCUUUCCUCCAGGUGCGACCAUCUCUACCUCAGCAUUUUUGUGGACGCCAUGAAGCUGAACAAGAGGAGCAUGACCCACUAUGCUCUGAGCGAUUCUCCAGCAGAUCACACCGGCUUCCUUCGUACUUGGGGGGGACCAGGGACAGCACCUACUUCCAGUGGUGCUGGCCGAAGAUAUUGGUUUGUGCUCAAGGGCAACCUGCUAUUCUCUUUUGAGAACAGAGAAAGCCGGACCCCUCUGAGCCUGGUGGUAUUGGAGGGCUGCACGGUGGAGCUGGCUGAAGCUCCUGUGCCCGAGGAAUUUGCCUUCGCCAUUCGCUUUGAUGCCCCUGGAGUUCACCCACACCUGCUGGCAGCAGAUGGGCAGGUUGCCCAGGAGGCCUGGGUAAAGGCACUAUCCCGAGCCAGCUUUGGCUACAUGAGACUUGUAGUCCGAGAAUUGGAGAGCCAGUUGCAGGAUGCCCGUCAGAGCCUGGCCUUGCAUCGCUGUGUGUCCCAGAAGUGUGUUGCCAGCUGCAGUAAGCCUCGGACUGCUGACCGCUCAGCUCCAGGCCCUGAGAAUGGUUACUUUCUCCCUAGGGACCGAAAUCCCAAUGGGUCUGUGGAAGAAAGGGGAAGCAGGCCCAUGGGUCGGGAUUUGACUGAAUGGGAGUUGCAGGGCCCUGCCAGCCUCCUCCUAAGCAGGGGACAGAGCCCCGUGUCCCCUGAGACCUCCUGUUUCUCUACCCUGCAUGACUGGUAUGGGAAGGAGAUCAUGGAGCUAAGGCGAGGAUGGCAGCAGAGGGCCAAGGGGAGCCAGCCAGAGAGCAAGCAACAGGAUAGGCCCUGAUUCCCGGCCCUUUGCACUGUGACCCUGACCUGCUGGUCAGGAUGCCAGGGUCAGUACUUCAGGAGUUAAAUGUUUACUCAUUUCCCAGAUUGCUGUGUGUGUGUAUGUGUAUGUGUGUGUGUGUGUGUGUGUGUGUGUGUGUGUGUAUGUGUGUGUGUCCUCCUCCUGCUCUGUAGACUUUCUCCAACUUGCAAUCCUCCCCUCUGCCUGGAAUGAACUGAGGAAUCAUGACUUCCAACCUGUUUCCUGAGGCCUAGAAAGGCCAGGUGGCUGAUGGGAACAUAAUGUAAUGCAGGAAGGGGCUGUGCCUGUCCCUGCAGGACACUCUAGCUGUAAUGUCCAACAUAAGAAGUCUUGGGCAUCUGAAUACCAGCGGUGCCAGCAGAAGUGGCCUGAGGACUGACAUCAACAUGGUUUGUGCAGGGCUCUCUGUAGUAGAGGCUCUCCCGGUGCUAAGGGGGAUUUUUUUUCUCCCCCGCCACCUUGUCAAUGUCCAGUGCUGGACAUGGCCCUGGAAGAGGCAGGCAGCCUUUAUCUAGGAGCAGCCCUUCCUGAUCUGCUGUCCACGGACACUCCUAGGGACCCUGUCUCCAAGCCUUGUUUCCCAAGGCUUAUCUGUCAAGAACCCUCAUGGCUACUUUCUCCUGUAUCAUGCCAAGUAUUGUUUUUUUCUAAGAGGACAAAUGGCUGGGUCUUAUAGAGCCAGAAGCCAGGCCCAUCCGUCCCUUUAUGUAUGUGUGGUGACGGUGACUGUGGGAAAAUGUGGGGCUUGAUAGAGCUAUACCUCUUUCCCAAACAAAACCUGCCUCUGCCUGACCACCCUGCUUUCCCUGUUUGGGGACUUGGGGCAACCUGACCCAAAUUCACCCAGGCCUAAAGGCCAGUCUUUGACUUGAGUUUCAUGGUCUCCUUGGCCAGGGCCAGGUCCUGUGAUGCCAGGCCUGGUUCUCAGCCUGCACAUAGCAUCAUAGCCAACUGCCCUUGAUUGUACACACAAGUACUACGCCUUUGCUAACUUUCUUGUUAGUGUUCUUUAGUUUGGUUUUUGGAGACCAGGUCUCACUUUGUAGCCCAUGCAGGCCUGGAACUCAUUCUUAGCUUUGCAAGCACUGGGAAUAGUUAUGAACCACCACACCCUGUUUGGUUUUGUUUUGUAGCAGGUCUUGGUUCUCCGGAAGGCCUGCCCACCCAGCUCCUCAUACUAGCACUUCUGGCUUUAGGUUUUGUUUUGUUUUCUUAUAAUCAGAACAGUAAAGUUUGCAGGGUGUGGUAGCAAAGGAGGUAGAGGAGGAUCAGGAGUUCAAGGCCAUCCAAGGUUUUUGACUAGGCUGGGCUACAUGUUGAGACCCUUUCAGAAAAUUAUUCAUUUUGGUUAUUAUAACCCGUGUUUACAAAUGAAGAGUCAGGAGUCGGAGCUGCGAAGCCGGUGUCCGAGCCUAGGGACUGAGUCCGGGAACCUGUUCUGCUGGUGCAACCUCCACCAGUACAGUUCUGCUCUUGCUUGUUCCCUCGCCCUAUGGGAAGCCUGCUGCUCACUGCAGCUGUUGUUCGAGUGUUCACAGACGCUAUGGGCUCUUGUUAACGUUUUAUUGUUAAAGUUCCUUUUUAUAAAUUCAAAUACCAAGUAAAGUUUUUCAUUACACAUUUCGGUUCCUUAAUUAAUACAAGUCUUUCACAGGCCAAGGUCACUAACGCCUUUGCAAAGGGAGCUCCAAACGGACGGCUCCGCCCUCCGGAGCCCGGGAGGGGCGUCGUUGUACUCCUGACGUCACCACGUAGGGCGGGUGCCCGGGGCUUUCCCACGG